CAGGAAGCCCUGAGUAACAUGGAUGACUAUGACAAAACCUGUUUAGAGUCGGCACUGCUGGGGGUUUGCAACAUUGUCCAGCAGGAGUGGGGAGCAGGAAUUCCUUGCCAGGUUGUCCUGGUCACCGAUGGCUGCCUGGGGAUCGGCAGAGGCUCCCUGAGGCACUCCCUGGCUACUCACAACCAGCGAAGUGAAAGCAACCGCUUCCCACUGCCCUUCCCCUUCCCAUCCAAGCUGUAUGUCAUGUGCAUGGCCAACCUGGAAGAGCUUCAAAGCACAGAUUCCUUGGACUGCCUGGAAAGGCUCAUUGAUUUAAACAAUGGGGAAGGGCAGAUUUUCACCAUUGAUGGACCCUUGUGCCUGAAGAAUGUGCAGUCUAUGUUUGGAAAGCUGAUAGACCUGGCUUACACACCAUUCCAUGCUGUUCUUAAGUGUGGCCACUUAACUUCUGAUGUGCAAGUAUUUCCCAGACCAGAGCCUUUCAUUAUAGAUGAGGAAAUAGAUCCCAUUCCUAAAGCAAUUAAUACAGAUUUAGAAAUUGUUGGCUUUGUGGAUAUAGCUGACAUUUCUAGCCCUCCUGUCUUGUCCAGGCACUUGGUACUGCCCAUUGCACUCAACAGAGAAGGGGAUGAGGUGGGACCUGGGAUCACCGAUGACACUGAGGAUGAGAAUUCAGCUAAUCAGAUUGCUGGGAAAAUCCCCAACUUCUGUGUUUUACUCCAUGGCAGCCUGAAAGUGGAAGGCAUGGUGGCUGUGGUCCAGUUGGGGCCAGAGUGGUAUGGAAUGCUCUAUUCACAAGCUGAUAGCAAGAAGAAAUCAAACCUCAUGAUGUCACUCUUUGAGCCUGGUCCUGAGCCCCUGCCCUGGCUGGGGAAGAUGGCACAGCUUGGGCCCAUUUCAGAUGCCAAAGAAAAUCCUUAUGGGGAGGAUGACAACAAGAGCCCUUUCCCCUUGCAGCCCAAGAACAAGCGCAGCUACGCGCAGAACGUCACCGUCUGGAUCAAACCAAGUGGCCUCCAGACAGAUGUACAGAAGAUCUUGAGAAAUGCAAGGAAACUCCCUGAAAAAACACAAACCUUCUAUAAAGAACUGAAUCGUUUACGAAAGGCAGCUCUGGCCUUUGGCUUCUUGGAGCUGCUGAAGGGUGUGGCAGACAUGCUGGAGAGGGAGUGCACUCUGCUGCCCGACACGGCUCAUCCCGACGCUGCCUUCCAGCUCACACACGCGGCGCAGCAGCUCAAGGUGGCCAGUACUGGAGCCUCAGAAUAUGCUGCCUAUGAUCACAACAUUGCUCCACUGCAGACAGACUUUUCCAGCAGCAGCACUGAAAGAAUGUGA